UAUAUAAACCCUUUCACCGUUCUAGUGUCACACUGCAACAACAAUGGGGAUUGAUGAUUAUGAUUUCACAAAACCAGGAGCAGUCCCAUUUCAAUGGGAAAUCCGCCCAGGAGUACCCAAAGUCCAACACCAAAAGCAACCACCACCACCACCACAACAACAACAACAACCUUGUGAAUACAAUCUUAGUCGGCUAAAACCGCCACCAUCCGGGUCCGUGUUUGUGCCACCACCGGAGCCACAGACCCGGUCGUUUCGUUGGGGCACUCCUAGCCGGACGCGUUCAGAUCGGUGGCGGUUUGAGCAGCCGAAUAAUCUUGCCCGGAGACCAGAGAUUGUUUCGUCGCGCGGGUGCUUCUUGUCUCCUCUGCUAAGGAGAACGAUAAGUGGGAAAAAGGGGAAGAGUGGUAGUGCAAGAACGGUGCCUGAACCCUCACUGAAGUCGGAACCCGACUGCAGCUCUGACCUUGAAACACUGGCUCGGUGGUCAGUUUCUUCCCGGAAGUCGCUGCUUUCGUCGUUCCGUGACUCACCCUCGUCGAUGUCGUCUUUCUCGUCCUACCAGUCGUCCCCGCGACCCGUAAGUGACGCAGAGUGGGCAGGGUUCGGACUCUUUUAGCAAGUUUUUGCAUGCCUUUGAUUGAUCAAGAGGUUUAUUCACAGUCGUGUUCUUGUGUUGUACUUCUGAAGCAGCAUGGCCACUUUUUGCUUUCUUGCUUGCUUGUAGUAAAAGCAUUUUCUUAUCUUUUUACGUAUUUGUUUGAUUUUCCACUUUGUAGAAUUGUAGUUAGUCAACUGACAAGAUUCUAUUAGUGCUUGAGGAUCUUGAAAUGUAGUGUGGAAAAAGGAAGGGUUGAAGUAUCACUACUACAUAAGUUCAGAAGGAAAUAAAUGUGAAUAUGCUUUUUCAUGA